AAUUUUAAUUGCCAAUGUUAUUAAAUCAAAGGCAUGUUGGCUUGCGAAUAUAUAUAUAUAUAUAUAAACAAGGAAAUAAUUCUAAGGCGAAAUUUUCUUUAAUUAUAUGAUUUACUAAAAUAGUGCUUAGUUCUCACUGGCCUGUGAUCCCGUCCAUCGUUUGAGCACAGAUCCCGAGGAAGGAUCAGACGGUGGAACGUACCCAUAUAAGAACCCUCCAUUGCCUUCUCUCUCUUUCCCUUCCGCUUUGUCACCCCCUCCGCCCCUUCUCGCCUUUUUCAUCUCUUCUUCUUAUGGCUUCCGUUCCAAACCUUCUCCUCUUCGUCUCGCUGGCUCCUAGCCCUAGAUUCUACACGGCUCUGCUUCCACUCUAAUACUCAACCGUACCCUUUCUCUGGCUUUGGAUUUACUCGUUUUUGUUUGGUUCUGUGAACAAGAUGAGUGGUCAGGAGGUUUUUAUAUUUGGUUCUUUUACUGAAGAGGAGUCAAGGUUCUUUCAAAACCAAUCUGCUAUGACCAAUGUCGACCAGACAGAAAAGAUAUGUUUGCAAUUUGGUUCUUUGAGCUUCGCGUUUGAAAGCACAGUGAAAGGCUCUAGUGCUAAGGCGGAUGAUAAAGCUGACAUUACCCAAGCAUGUGAGCUGGUUGCAAAGAGUAGUGCCUCCAAGAAUGGUACUGGGGCGAUAUCUAAAGCCUUACACAAAAUUCCACAAUCUAAAGUAAAUGAGAGUCCUAAUGGUUCCUUAUUCCAUACUGAUAUUAUUGAAAUUGAGAAGAAUACUUUUGAUACUAGUUCACCAAGUAUAUCUGGAUCUGAGAAUAAUACUACUAAUUUGAGCUCAUUCAGUGUUGCUGAGGGCCAAAGUGGUGAUGACGACUUGUUAACAAGAAAUGUGCAAAAUGGUGAUGAAAGAUCAUGCGAUGGUGAUAUUUCUGUCAGUUCAUCUGAAGGCAUGAAUAAUGCGAAACUAUUGAGCAAACCAGAAAAAUCUGAAAUUUUAAUGCCACGAGGCUUGAUAAAUUCCGGGAAUCUCUGCUUUGUUAAUGCAACAUUGCAAGCACUCCUUUCAUGCUCACAAUUUGUUUAUCUUCUGCAUGAUCUUAGAGCUCGCAAUCUUCCCAAGGUUGCCUAUCCAACACUUCAUGCAUUUGUCGACUUCAUCUCAAAUUUUGACAUGCCAAAAGACUGGAAUGCUGAGAAAAGUAAGGCAGCAGUUCUUGAGAGUGGGGAACCUUUCCAUGCAAGCAUGUUUGAGCAUGUUUUGAAGAAAUUUACUCCAGACGUGCCUUCAAAUCUAUCUGGGGGAAGACCUAGACAAGAAGAUGCCCAAGAAUUCUUGAGUUUUGUCAUGGACCAAAUGCAUGAUGAAUUGUUGAAACUUAAAGGCCCUUCAUCACAACAUCAAAAUGGAGUUAACUGCUCUCUUGUAUCUUCUGAUGAAGAAGAUGGUUGGGAAACUGUUGGACGAAAAAACCGUUCUGCUGUCACCAGAACUCAGAAAUUUCUGCCAUCUGAGUUGAGUGCAAUUUUUGGGGGGCAACUAAGAAGUGUUGUGAAGGCAAGAGGCAACAGAGCUUCAGCUACUGUUCAGCCAUUCCUCCUGCUGCAUCUUGACAUUCAUCCGGGAACUGUUCACACAAUUGAAGAUGCAUUACAUUUAUUUUCUGCUUUGGAGACACUGGAAGGAUACAGAAUAUCCACCGGGAAGGAUGGUGAAGUAGCCGCUAGCAAGUCAGUGAAGAUUCAAGAGCUCCCUCGAAUUAUGAUACUGCAUCUAAUGCGGUUCAGCUAUGGAAGCAAUGGAAUGACUAAACUGCAUAAACCUGUCCGAUUCCCACUUGAGCUUGUACUUGGUCGCGAGUUGCUUGUACACCCAUUAUCAGAGGGACGAAGAUAUGAGCUUGUGGCAACGAUCACACACCACGGCAGAGAACCCUCAAGAGGUCAUUACACAGCUGACACGAAGUAUUCUGAUGGGCAGUGGCUCCGGUAUGACGAUGCAUCCAUAACUGCUAUUAGCACAAGCAAAGUUUUGCACGACGAGGCAUACGUUCUUUUCUACAGACAAAUAUAGUGCUGCAUCUACCUUACACUGAAGAGUUGAGUGACUUGGUGUCAGGCAGGUUGGCCAGAAUUGUGUCACUGGCCAUUGAGAUACUUACAUUCAUUGAUGUCUCGAGAAAUCUGAUACCUUUGUAAUGAUGCAGAGAUUAUAGUGAUUUUUGUUGGGGAUUUUUUGUGCAUCUGAUUACUGUUUUUUUCCUAAUUUAGUUUUUACAAGUUUAUAUACUGAAGAAAAUUCAUCAUGUAUAUAUAUUUGGACAAAGUUCAUAUUUGCUUACAUGCAUGGACAAUAUGAUCUAUGUCUACUUUGAUA